AUGUUUGAAUUAUUCGAAGAUAAGAAGAACCAAGAUGAAAAGAAUACACCAGAAGUAAUAGUCAAGCAAAACACAGUAUCAGAAAUCAUGGAUACUAAAGAUAUGAGAACUUUGGCUUAUAUUUUGAUUGGUUUGUUCUCUACGAUCAUUUUCUUCAAUUAUAAAGUGGAAUAUCUUGAAACGCAAGAGUCAAAAAGAAUAGAUGUAUCAGAUGGAUCAAGACAAUCUGUGACUUACGCGAUAACAGCUAAUAAUUUGUCGCAAAACAAUAUAUUUUCAAUUCUUGAAUACAGAUAUCUCCCUGAUUCAUCAACAGAAUCCAAGUCAUGCCAAUGGAAUUUCAAAGUUCACACUUAUUAUUACGAUAAUGAAGGAAAUAUUACCAGAGCUAUAGAAAACAGAAAUUGGCAUCGUUGGACAGCUAAUGAAACAUUCCAUCCGAUGCAUUUUACUCAAACUCGUAAUAUUUCAUCACUUCGAAUUUCAUCUAACAGUGAUGCGCAAAAGGAAUGGCUUGGAGCAAUGGAAUUCAGAUGGACAGUUCCUAUUCGGUCUGCUUUCAAGAUUGCCUUCUCAAUACAUACAGAAUUUUUCAUUUUUUACAUAAUUUUAUUUAUAUUUUACGUUAAGAACAGUCUUAAGUUCAAAAUGAAAGCUAGAUCGAAAAUAGUUAUGACACUUUUACCUUUAGGCCUUAUUUCAGAGUUUCCUUACGAAUAUUUCGGAUUCGAAUUUAUUUUUUCGGAUACAUUAAGAGAUACAUUCUUUUAUCUAUACUACGGACUUACAGUAUUAUUUAUUGCGUUCAGAAUCCAUGAAUUUAAUGUCGAAACUUGUAUGAUGAAAAAGAAUAUGAAAGCUUUUACAUUUGGUGGCGCAAUGACCAUCCAAGGUGUUCUGUCAUCAAUAUCUCGUCAUUUGAUCAUGUAUUCUUUGCCUUCUUUGCCAGACGGAACAGAUCCAUCUGAAGGAGACUUUAUUUCUAAGAAUCUGUUUGCUGUUGUUGUUGGAUUGACUUUCUAUCAAGUUCUUACUGCAUUAAUGGAUAAAAUGGAUAAGAAAAAGAACGAUGAUUUGGAAAGAUUCAAAAUUCAACAUUAUCCUUUAUUCUUUUCCAUGGUUGUAUCAGUAGUUUUCUUUUUACAGGAUGCAAGGAAGAAGAGUUUCAUUCAAAAUCCUGUUAAAAAGGCAAUUAUGCAAGGAGUUUGGCAUCUUGUGAUAUUUUUCGAAUCAAUCAUCUCAAUUCCAAUCAAAAAUGAUCGUGCUGAUGCUUUUGAGUUCGAAAUAGACAGAGAUCAGAUUGAUUCUGAGUCUUAUGAAGAAGAAACUGAAGAAGAUGAAAAUCAUGACCCAGAAAAGCCAGAAAACGAACCACAAAAUUUAGAAAAUACCCAAUUAAUCACAAAUGAACCUCCAAAAGAAGUCAAUGACUUAUUAUCUGUUAAUUAA